AAACCCGCUACAUCUCCGCCCUCUCUGUCUCAGUGCCUGUUUUAACACGAAAUAAUACUGCCUUGUUUUUCACAGUUGAUCAGUUUGGGACAACUGAGGAGCUCCGGAAUAGCAGCUCCGAUCAUCACUUCCUGGGAAGCUCCGCCAAAAUUCCUCAAUCUGUUUGGUCAAGAAAACUAUGAGUGCGAGAAUAAAGAAAUCCCCGUCGAAUGGCUCUGAGAAGAAAUUAUCAUGUGAAGAGCAGCAGGCAAAGAUUAACGAAGUGAAAAAGCUGAUAGGACCAUUGCCCGAUAAGUUGUCCAUCUAUUGUUCGGAUGCAUGCAUCUCAAGGUAUCUAAGGGCGAGAAAUUGGAAUGUCAAGAAGGCAACUAAAAUGUUAAAGGCUACCUUAAAGUGGAGGUCAGAAUACAAACCGGAGGAGAUUCGUUGGGAAGAGAUAGCUCGUGAAGCAGAAACAGGGAAGAUUUACAGAACGAAUUAUUUCGACAAGCAUGGGAGACCAGUUCUCGUCAUGAGACCACGUUGUCAGAACUCAAAGUCAACGAAGGGCCAGAUUAAAUAUUUGGUAUAUUGCAUGGAGAACGCUGUUUUAAAUCUUCCUCCAGGUCAGGAGCAGAUGGUUUGGAUGAUAGACUUCGAAGGUUUCAAUUUGUCAAAUAUUUCUGUGAAGGUGACACGGGAAACUGCACAUGUUUUACAAGACCGUUAUCCAGAACACCUAGGACUUGCAAUACUGUACAAUCCACCCAAGUUUUUUGAACCAUUCUUUUCGAUGGUAAAGCCUUUUCUAGAGCCAAAGACUUACAACAAAGGGAAGUUUGUUUACUCGGAUGACGACAACGCCAAGAAGAUAAUGGAGGAUCUGUUUGAUAUGGAUAAACUGGAGGCUGCAUUCGGGGGAAACGAUACUUCUGGUUUUGAUAUAAAUAAAUAUGCCGAAAGGAUGAAAGAGGAUGACAAGAAGAUGUCCACAAUUUGGACAAGAGGAAACCCUUCUUUGGCGGCCUCAGAACCUGGUGUUACCAGUGCUGCUCUUUCAUUAGAUUCUCUCAAGUUAGACUCAGAUUCUGAUGCUUCUGAUGACGAGAAAACAGAUAUCUCUUCAUCCCAUGGGAUAGAACCGGAAGUCUCAGACAAUGAUGAGACGGUGGCUGCUAGUACCGGAAAUGCUACCGAAGGUGUACAUUGAGUAUAAGAAUGGCUAAAGGUAGAUGAUGGUGACUUAACUGAUGUAUCGUCAACUCUACUUGUCAAUUUAUUUUGAGAAAUUUUUGGAGACUCAAUGAAUGAAUUCUCCUUUUGAAGUUAGUUGGAACUCGUGAAGUACACAAUUCAAAUAAGAGAUUUUUGCAUUUUGCUGUUC